GAAAAGCAAUAUAUUCGUUCCUCUUGGAUCGAAAUAAAGUUAAUCGUGUACGAUUGUUCCCACAUGAUGAUAGUCAUGCUGAUGUAUCGUUGUCACUAGUAGGGGUACAGUAAAACGUUUGACUCUCGGAUGUUCACCCCCCUCUGGCCAAGUCAGAGGGGAUGGAAGCUGUGGAGUUUGCGGGAAACAGGGGGUGAUUUUCCUUCAGGCGCCUGCGUCGAGUCCUCGAUGACGACUCGUCGAGGUAGGUGCUCGACCCGGACGCAGUACGGAAGAAACGUCGAGCACGCAGAGUGCCGUCCUCGUGACACAUCUUACUCUUUUUUUUCUUUCCCCCUUUCGAUCCAUGGCAACAAGAAAACGUGGGAAAGCUUGCCCGGUGAAUUGUCGAAUUAUCGAGAAGAAUUGUCGAACAUUGUUCGGAGGAAAAUGUGGAGCUCGGUUACCGCGGCCGGCACUGAGAACGGGCCCGCACCACCUUCCAGAAGCAAGCACAGCGCCACUUUACUCUCCGGCCACGUAUAUCUCCUCGGAGGACGAAACGGCAACCUUCCCCUCAAAGAUCUUUGGCGAUACAGCCUCGCCGACAGUAAAUGGGAGGAAUUGCAUCCUGGGGGGGAAAGGCCGCCGGCACUUCAGGAGCACAGCGCGGUCGCUUACAAGGAUUGCCUUUAUAUCUUUGGGGGUGAGCUCGGAUUUUCCGCGGGCACGGAAACGCCGCUUUGGGUCUACAAUGUCAAGACCAACGUGUGGAGAAAGGUGAGGGCGCAACGAGGUUGCGCCGUUCCAAGAGGUCGAAGAGGUCACACCGCUUUGGUUCAUCGCGGCCAGAUGCUCAUUUACGGUGGUUACCAAGAUUUGCGUGGCAGCUCUCCGGAAUUAUGGGCUUUUCAUUUCGAGACAGAAUCGUGGCAUCUUCUGUCCUCGAGCGAGAGUGGGCCAGCAGCGAGGCACAAACACUCGGCCGUGUUGCACGGCGACGCCAUGUACAUUUACGGCGGUAUGACCGAUCUGCAAGAGAGAAGCGAUUGCUGGAGAUGGGACGUGAAUACCGCCUCUUGGUGCCUGUUAAGGAACAAACCUGGACCGGGCCCCCUUCACGGCCACGCGGCCUGCAGGCUCCCCAGUUGUAUGCUAAUUUUUGGCGGGGAAAGCGGUGGCUUGGCCACGAACGAACUCUGGAGGUUUCAUUUCGGUACGGAAACGUGGGAAAAAUUAUCAGUGCCAGGUCCUAAACCCCAACCAAGAGCGGAGAGCGUCGCGUUAGCGGUUUCCGAACUGUUGAUUCGAGGGACCAAUAUCGAUAAUUCGAAGCCGAAACCGAAGAAUCAAAGGACGAGGCUGUGCAACAACAGGAUAUCGCCCAAUGAAGCGCCAGCCAGGCCGAGCUUUCUCAAGGAGAUUUCUAAAUUAUCACAAAUCAAUCUUUCACGGUUGAGCCAUCCAACCAAGUGCAGCUAUUCCGUUUUAAGUGGGCAGGACGAUAACGAGGAAAGUCCCCAAGAGGCGAAUACGUAUUAUCCGUUUCAGCAAGUGGACUCGGAAGUUUGCGAGCCAUCGACGGGGAUGGUGAAGUCGCGAAGCGCCAACACGUUGGCCCGUCGAAGGCAAAAACCUGCGGAAACUGCGUCGAAAAACGCGGAGGCGAGUUGCAACAAUCCGACAAACAACUCUGGAAUGACCAGAGAUCCUAUCUCGGUGCCGAAUUUCCGCGCGUUGACGCUACCCACCCCGGUUCUCACGCCUGUGGAAGCAGCAAGGCUCGUGUUCGUCGACCUGGACGAGAACAGCGACAACGAAGAACGAACGGAGCCUCCUACCUCCAGGCUGAUAGAGGUGCAGGAGGAGAAACGAGAUUUCGCGGCCGUGCACCAAGCUUGCCAACCGACGCGGGGCGAGAGUUACAGCUCUCACCUUUACGAGGCCGCACUUCAAACGCCAAAAACGCCGACCACCUCGAAAAUUCCCACGUCAGCUUCGGUUCGAUUCGCCGACUUGGAAGAGGGCGAGGAGUCGACGUCGGAUUACGCGAGCAUAGAGGCCAGAAGUCCUGGGGAUCCCCUCGCGGACGACGAUUGGCCGUCGGGUCGAAAGAGCAAACAGUAUCGUCCCAUGGUGACGCCGUCGACGAUACGCGAGGGCCAAUUCGGCUUUUGCAAUCCGAAUUAUCUUGGACUGGACGAGACGAAGAAUCAUCAUUACCAUCAUCACCACCAUCAGCAGCAACAGCAACAGCAGCAGCAACAGCAGCAGCAGCAGCAGCAGCAGCAACCUCAAGAUGGGAAGUACGCGAAAUUAUUGAACAGCCCACCGGACAGUGUUUUAGAGGACGAACCAGGAAGAUCUGCCUCGCAGACAUUCGCGGAACUGUUGGAGCUUCAGGAAAUCAAAAGAGUGCCGAGGGCACCGCCUAAAAGUUUACCGUUAGGUUCUCCGUCUAGAAGAGCAGUCAGUGCGUCGAGGGCCGAAAGGCAAAGGGCGAAGGUCGCCGCGAUUGAAGAGUCGGAGACGCCUUCGUACGGACCAGCGCCUCUUUACGUGUUUUUAGUUGGAGGGAAGGAGAAGGGCCAGGUCACGGUGUUCGCCAGGCCCGUUUCAUUGUGGAAAUUGCAAUUAGCGCCACACAUCUUUUAAAGAAACAAAAAUAUGAUAAAUUUCCGUCGAGUCAAUCGAAGAAAGAUUUUUCCUCAGAAAGACUUCCUCCCGACUUUGUGUUUUAAAAUAUUAAGAAGAAGAAGAAGAAGAAGAAGAAGAAAAAAAGGCGACCGAUAAAUGCACUUUUCUUAAUUGCCAAAUGUUAUAUCAUUGCAAUUAAUCAUGUUUAGCUCGUAGAAAGAGGGCUUUUCUAGUUUUCUAUAUUGAUAUAUUUAUUGUUGAAUACAACGUUUGUUCAGGUAAUACGCACUUUACUUCAAAAGUCCUGUCAAGUCCAUUUUCUAGUCAUUUUUUUACAAAUAGUAUUCAACUCUUUUAAGUAUUCGAUAUUAUAUUAUAUCGGAAAGUAUAUAAUUAAUAUACAGUGCAAUAUGUGAAAUGUGAUUAGAAUAUAAGUAAUUACUUACUCGAGUUUACAACUUUGGAUAAUGUAUAUUAUUAUUCCACAGUUAUUUUCUUUAAAUUAUUUUUCUUCUUUUUCUAUAUCUAAUUAUCAUUAUAUCAAAUUAAGAAAUAUUAUGUUAUAUAAAAUAAUUUUAAAAAUGAGUAAAUAUUCUCUCUCUUUUCUUUUUGAAUAAAUAUAUUUGAAUACUAUAUUGUUAAAUAAAUAUUUACAUAACGAUAGAAUUCUCUUAAAUGAUAUAACAUACACAUUAUUGAUUUAUCUGUUUAUGCAGAUAAUAAUAGUAUGGAUUCUGAAUUCAAAUUUAAUUCACUGAUUUUUUUCUCGUUUACUUUGCCACUUGCAUUUUAAAAUAAUUGUAAUAAUAAUCAUCAUAAAUCAUAUUUUUAAAUCAGUGAAUGAAACCGGAAAAUAUUGUAUUCUUUAAUAAUGAUUGUUCUAUUAUUUGGUUUACAGAGCAAAUGUUAAUUACCAAAGCGCAAGUCAAACGAGUGAAAUGUGCAAUCCUUUGUCUACGACUGCGUUCUUUCAAUCUUAAAUGGUAUACGUAGCAUCUUAUAAGAAUUAUGAUUAAGAUCGAAACUUUAGAUCCACGUUUAUUAUAUUAUACAUGAUACAAUUUUUCAUAUUAUAGUGAAUAAUACGAGUGAUAGAUUAUUUAAAUUUUUUGAUUCGAAAAUUGAGAGAUAACAUCAAAAGACUCGCCUGAUCUGCGCUUAACUGCCAUCGACUGUGAACAUGAUAUGCAUAGAAAAUAAAAUAGAAUUAAAAUGUAAUAAACUCGACGUAUUUGACGUUUAAAACAUUCUGAAUAUUAAAUGGAAAUCAAUGUGUGAUUGUGCCCAAUGUGAAUAAUUAAAGUACGUUUCAAUUAUUUGAUAAAAAUUAAAUUUUUAUAAGAAGAUAGAUAAAUUUUAAAUGGAAUUUUCUCGUCGAUAAUCUGAAAACUGGACUAAAAUCUAGAAAUAAUUAAUGAAAACCAGUACGAUUGAUUUUCGUUUUAACUUCAUCACGAAAGGAGAUAUUUCUAACGCGCGAAACGUACAAUCGUAUAAAA